AUGGGUUUUGUUUUCAUUCCAACUGGCUUCAUUACUCUCCGUGCUUCUCGUGAUGCUAUUGAAAUUAUAGACCGGUAUGAUGUUGACUGCAUUCCUGAAGAAUAUAAAGCCAACAAACUGUCAUACAUAACAAAUUCAUCGAUCCCAAAGAAUUGUACACGUUACUUAAAGGAAAUCUUUAGAGUGUCUUCACUGUUACAUAUUGGUGGUUUGAGUUUAAACGAGCAACACUUUCCCAGCAUUGAAGCAGGUGUUGCAAAAGUUGCUCGGGAAGGACAACGAUUUGAAAGGAUUGAAGUGACCAAGGAUCAGGCACUUGAGAUGAGUUUAAGUGACCUUGAACAAGCACUAGAAGAUUUUGGGAAGCCAUUCCUUUUGAACGAAGGAGACGGGCCAUUUUAUGGCCCAAAGAUAGACAUAUCAGUUUCUGAUGCAAUGAAAAGGAAAAUCCAAUGUGCUACUUUACAAGAAGAGGAUGAAGUGAAGAGAAAGAGACCUGUGAUGAUACAUAGAGCGGUGUUGGGAUCUGUUGAGCGUAUGUUUGCCAUAUUGUUGGAGCAUUACAAAGGGAAAUGGCCUUUCUGGUUUAGUCCGCGCCAGGCGAUAGUUUGCUCUGUGUCAAACAAUCAUAAUGACUACGCAGAAGAGAUUCUACAUUCGUGA